GGCUCACCCAGACACCCCCACACACAGAGGGAGAGAGAGAUCUAGAGAUCCGUUAAGCAGAACAAACUUACGCUAUGGCGAGCUCAGAUCCAAGUACGUCGUCGGGAAGCGAGUACCAAGUGUUCCUAAGCUUCAGAGGACCCGACACUCGCGUCGGAUUCACCGAUUUCCUCUUCCACAGCUUGACCGAUGCUGGAAUAUGCAUCUUUCGAGAUGAUGAAGAGCUCCAUGUUGGUGAAAGGAUCGAUGGAUCACUCCAGCGAGCGAUCGACAAUUCCAGGAUCUACAUACCUAUCUUCUCUCGGACCUAUGCUUCGAGCCAAUGGUGUCUCUGCGAGCUUGCGCAGAUUGUGGCAAACACUUCCAAAUCGGAAGGUAAAAAAGAGAUCCUUCCUAUUUUCAUCGACGUGGAGCCUGACGAUGUUAAGCUGAAAACUCCAUUAUAUCGCGAUGCCAUAUUCAAUUUGGAACGCGAGAAGAAGUUGAGCAAUGGGCAAGUAGAUGCAUGGAGAGAGGCUCUCAAGGAGGUUGAUGCUAUAAAAGGGUGGGAAGUGAAGAAGUACAAAGGGUAAGCUCGCUGCUUUUCAAAUGCCUGUUUCUCCAAUUUUUCUUUACGCUUUAUCAUAGAUGUAAAAACUUCCAGUAUUAUUGAGGUGGGACUUUUACCAUUAGAGUUACUAAAUGAAUAUAGCUAUGCUACAUUAGUCAAAAUAUGUGAAACUGCUUCACAAUGUCACCGUACAUGAUGGGCGAAUAAUGAUGCAGUAGCUAGGUAGCUUAACUAUCUUGAUUGCGGGCAGUGGGAAGAAAAAGAAGGGGUUAAUGAAAUGCCAUGCACAUUUCUAUCUUAUUAUUUAAUAUUGCAAUAAGUUGAACACAUCUCCUCUUGA